AUGAGGCUAAGACUCAUUUCAUUAUGAAUAUUUAAAAUAAAUAUUUUAAGUAUUUUCUCCCUUUUGUUGAUGUGCUCAGCCCAUGUUUAUUCUGAACAAAGAAAUAUAAAAACAUUCAAUCUUUCCUUUAGUUAAUUUUAUCAAAGCUACUUAGUUUAUACUCUUGCAAAUAUCAGAAAGGUCUUAAAACUAAAUAGUUAAAAGCAUUUUAAAGCAGUCUGCUGAUCUUGACCGCUUUCUGAUUUUUUAAAUAUUGUUAAUGAAUGCAUUUUUUCCCCUUAUAUUCACAAUAGCACCAUCAUCUGAUUAAAUCCAUUCAAAAGUAAAUAUAAUCAAAUUCGUCCUUUGGCAUUAUUAAGAACACUAUGGACUCAAUUUUAAUAUUGUCCAUAUUCCUAACUUUUAGAAAACGUCUAAUGCUUCUGACUUGUUUAUUUAUUGUAUUUUCUUUGUAAAACGAAAAAUAUCAAAACGGUGGUGUCCAAUGAAUACCAAAAUUUCGAGUAAACAUUGAACUAUUAUAUUCUCAUAAAAGAAACUUUUUUUUACUGGAAAAGUAAUCUCAAGUUCAGGUACCUUUAUUUUGAAGGGUUCCGGUGGUUUCUGUGGUGCAGCUGUCUGCAGGAAAUUUCCGGUCUGUUGUCAGUCGGCAGCGAAGCCAUGCCGAGCCUAAAGCUGAUAUCUGCAACCGACACGCAGUAUUCAGCAGCUGUCCUCAAGUCUCUGAACGAGCAGCGGAGCAAUGGCUUGUUUUGUGACAUCACCAUCAUCAUACAGGACAAGAAAUUCAGAGCGCACAAAACAAUCCUGUCGGCCUCCAGCACGUACUUUCACCAACUUUUUGCCGUCGCCGGUCAAGUCAUCGAGCUCAACUUCAUCCGGCCAGAAAUCUUUGAGCACAUCCUCAACUACAUCUACAGCUCCAGGAUCAUCCGCGUCCGCUCCGACAUGCUGGAGGAACUCAUCCGCGCCGGAAAGAUCCUGGGAGUGAAGUUUAUUGCGAACUUGCAUUCGCCACUGUCACAAGUGAAAGGUCUGUCGGGUUUGUCCCAGGAGACGGGAAGCAAGAGCGACGCCUCUACUGAGACUAUGCCCGUCAUCACAGAGUCCUUCUCCAUUUCCGCAGAGGAAUUCAAUCAGACGAAGAAACCCGGGGGUAACGAGGAGGAGGGCGAUGAUGUAGUGUUCGUCUCCUGCACCGACGCUCAAACCAGAGCGGCGAGUCUCAAGGCCAACCCUUCUGACAUCAUCGAUUUGGAAAAAGUGGAAUCGGAAAACGUUGAACCCAAACAAAGCGAAGAUUCGAAUCAUGUUGCGGCGGAUGCAGGAAAAGCAGCCACCACACCGAAAACUAACGGCGCAAAGUGUCAGGUGAACAGUUCGGACCGCAGCUCCAGUAACUCCCCGGCGACGCACGCCCAACCAGGCAGCCUCACACCGGGGCCGACCAGUGAAAGCACCGACAUGUUGGGAGUCCACAAGAAGCAAGUCGCUGUUUCAUCCCAGGAGGGCGAUCCCAAAAUACGGCUUCUGGAUGUUUCCGGAGUCUCCGCUAGCAGCGCCAAGGGAACUAUAGAGGCGAAACAGACGGUGACCCUCGACACCGGCACGGAAAUCGAUUCGCUUUCAUCCGGAUGUAAAGUUUAUGCCAACAUCGGAGAGGACACGUACGACAUCGUCCAAAUGAAAGAAGACCCAGGAGAAGGAGGAUCAAAACCCAACAAAGGAAAAAGAGCUUUAAUGGCGACGCCCAAAAAGGCCUUCGACCAGACGCCGCUGUCGCCGACACUCAGUCCGAACAGGAAGAAGAACAAAAUGGAGCUGGACGACCACUACGAGCUGAUCAUGGAUGGGAAGACUUUCUACGUUUGCGCCGUGUGCAAGCGCCCGUAUGUGUGCAUCACGAGUCUGCGGCGUCACUUCAACACCCACUCGUGGGAGAAGAAGUACCCGUGUCGCUUCUGCAACAAGGUGUUUGCCCUGGCGGAGUACAGAACUAAACAUGAAGUGUGCCACACGGGCGAGAGGCGGUACCAGUGCCUGCUGUGCAACGACAUGUUCCAGAACUACCAGGUUCUGUCCCACCACUGCAAGCAAGUCCACAAUCAGGACCCGAGCGGCAGGAAGCAGAAAGACGACGGCGACAACAACCUGUACCGCCUGCUGCCGUGCAGGUCGAAGAAGAAGUCAUACGUGACUGACCUGCCGGGAACGCCGUUCAUAUCAGAGGACGGCAGCAUGCAGGAGAUGAGCCCCGGCGAAAUGGAGGCCAUGCACUCUUCGGCGCAGAGCGGGAUGUACUGGGACGACCUGUUCACCGAGCCGGGCGCUCACAUGCAGCCGGACUCCGAGUCGCCGGCGAUGAGCUCCCCGACGCAGGGACCCAUGGAGUUCGAGUACAUCACACCGUAGAGCCGCUGGGAAGCAAUCAGUCCGCCGGAUAUCCUGUGCCUUCUCGGUUACGCUAACUCUGUGUUCGUCCUCCAAUUCAGAUCAUGUUUUGUGAUUAAAUCUAACCCUACGCCAAAUUAAAGCUACAGUAUGCAAGUUUUAUAAAAAAUUAAAAAAAAUAAAUUUACAUGUUUGUUAAAGCUGUUAUGAUGGUAUGAGACAGACGAUCUGUGGGAAAAUCAAUCUCUGUGCUGCUAUUGCCUCUGAAAACAUUAAUCAAUAACAGCCAAUCAGAACCAGGAGGCGGGUACAGAAGAGGAUUAGAGCCGCUGAGAAAAAUAUUCUGCCCUUUUCCUCAUAAUUCUGACUUUGAUCUUGGAAUUCUGGCUUUGAUCUUCUGUGUUGCCCUGCGACAGACUGACCACCUGUCCAGGUGACUCUGCCUCUCGGCUGGAACGUUAGCUGGAGAGGC